AUGCGAAUCCAAAGAUUAGCCCAAUUCCUCCACCAAAUACCCCAAAAUCACCUCUCCUCUCGCCACCUUCUCCAACUCCACUCUCAACUCAUCACCACCGGCCUCCACCACCAUCACCGUGACUCAACUCUCCUCUCCCUCCUCCAACUCUACCUCUCUAACCCCUCAACCCUCCCCCAUGCAACCACCCUUUUCCACCAAAUCCAAGAAAUCAAAACCCGCUCUCUAAAAUGGAAUCUCAUGAUCAGACACACCUCAAAUACUAACCCAUUAAAGGCACUAUCUUUAUUCCAAAAAGUGUUACUCACCAGUGCGAAAAAUUCCAAUGAGAUAUCCCAUUUUCAAUUUCACAAUGAUCCUUUUAUAUAUGCUUCUUUGAUUAAAGCUUGUAACAAAGCUCAGGCUUUUCGUGAGGGUAAGUCAAUGCACUGUUAUAUUAUGAAGCUUGGCCUGGAUUGUAAUGUGAAUAUAUUGAACAGUCUUUUGAGCUUUUACAUGGGUUACGUUAAUUUAAUGAAUUAUGCCGAUGUACUGUUUGAUAGAUUGUCUGAGAGAAAUGUUGUUACAGUUAAUAGUAUGAUUACUGGGCAUGUGAAAAGAGGAAAUCUUGAAGUGGGUUUGAGUUUGUUUAUUAAAAUGUUGAGGGGUUGUUUUGGUACGAAUGUAGAGCCUAAUUAUGUUAGUUAUGUUAUUUUGAUAUCUGGAUGUGUUGAUUUUGGGGAGCUCAGUAUUGGAAAUGCACUAUACUGCUGUUGCUGCAAAGUUGGAUUGGAUUUGAAUGUUGAGAUAUGCAAUGUUCUUAUUGAUUUGUAUUCUAAGUUAGGAUGCAUUUAUGAUGCUUUGAGAGUGUUUAAUAACAUGCCUCACAAGGAUUUGAUUUCAUGGAAUACUAUGCUUUCGAUGUAUGCUAAUAAUGGAGAUUGUAUGGAAGCUUUAACAUUGUUUAAAGAAAUGCGGAGUAAGAAAAUAGAAGCUGAUGGAGCUUCCUUUAGUAGCUUGGUAUCAGCUUGUGCUGCUUCUCGAUAUCUCGAAUUGGGGAGGUUGAUCCAUAGUCAUGUAAUAGCUACGGGGAUGGAGUACGAUGUUUCGGUAGGGACAGCACUUAUCAACAUGUAUACAGAAUGCAGAGAAGUCGAGUCAGCAAGGAAACUUUUCGAGGAGCUACCAAAGCAAAAUAUUGCUUCUUGGAAUGCGAUGAUACAUUCAUAUGUGGAAGGUGGACUUCCCUUUGAGGCUUUAAAGCUUUUUCACAGGAUCAAGUCUAGAAACGUAGAACCAGAACAAGUGACGUUUGUGGGAUUAAUUAUGGCUUGUCGUGAUUCUGGAGAUCUAGAUGAGGGUGUUCGUAUACAUUCUUAUCUAGGGAGUAACGAUCAAGUUAAAGAAAGUAUAAUUUUGGGAAAUGCGCUUAUUGAUAUGUAUGCAAAAUGUGGGAGCAUGGAUAGGGCUAGAGCUGUUUUUGAUACAAUGCUAAAGAGAGAUGUCGUCUCAUGGACAUCAAUCAUAGUUGGACAUGCCAUAAAUGGUGAAGGAAAGAAAUCUCUUGCUGCUUUUGAGCAAAUGUGUGCUGAGAAAAUUGAUCCUAAUCCUGUUACCUUCAUUGGUGUUCUGUCAGCAUGUGACCAUGCUGGUUUGAUUGAUGAAGGUAAACAUUUGUUUGAUAUUAUGCGUAAUGUUUUCAAUAUUGAACCCAGGAUUGAGCAUCUUGGAUGCGUGGUUGACAUGCUUGCCAGAGCUGGAAGAAUUGAGGAGGCUAGUCAAUAUCUUGGAGAAAUGCCUUUAGAAUCGAACACACCUGUUUGGAGAAUGUUGAUGAAUGGUUGCAGAAUUCAUGGCAACAUCGGUUUAGGCUUGAACUUGGUUGGUUGCAAAACAGAAAACAAAUCCCAAGGGUCUGAAGAUCAUGUAAUUCUCUCUAAUGUCUAUGCUGAAGCUGGAAAAUGGGAUGAUGUUAUUUGCUGCAGAAGCCUCAUGGUAGUUGAGAAAGAUCAGAAAGUUGCAGGAAGUUCCGUUUAUUUGCAAUAG